AUGUCUGCAGACCAAAAGUUUCAGCAGUCUGUCCAGUAUAUUAAUUUCGGCAAAAAGUCCAUGCAAUGCUUAGCCUAUGAGUUGCCAAAGGAAUUGUGGCUAAACAUAUUCGAACUUUUAGAAUACCCCGAUCUAUUGAAUUUGAGGACAUGUUCACGCCACUUCAAUGAUAUAGUCAAGAUUCAAUGGACCUGGGAGACAAGGUGUCGCAGGAGGUGGUUGGAAUUAGAGGAAAAUGAUCCUUUGGUAUCUCAGAUGUCAGAGAAAAGUCGUACAUGCUCGAAAGAGGAUUGGUUUUACUAUUUUCGAUACAGGAAUCGGAUUGACCAGCAUACUUUGAAUACUCUAGAUGUGAUUGCGAACGUCGACGACUUGAAAUUGUACCAGGAAAAGAUGGGGCAUUUGAUCAAGCAUGGAAGUUUGAUAAUUCCGCUGCUAAAGUCUAUAGAAUGCAAAGGAUACACAAACGAUCAAAGCUUUGAAAUAACGUAUUUGGCAAGACAAUUGCUACUUGCAAUGCGCCAUAGAAGCUUAUUCAACAUGAUAGAACAAACGGUUGGGGGUCAAAGUACAGAAUGGGUACAUUAUGCGGAAGAAUCGGUUUUCCUCCCCUUUGAAGCUAUGGAUGCGGCCUUCAACCGGCUGUUGCCUCAUAGAGCUAAAAUCAUCCAGGAAGUGCAUUCUCAAGUUAAACACGAUUUCUCAAAUCUUUCUGACUUCCUCCAGCUACCAUCAACACUGAGGUUGGAUAAGACUAUGAAAUACUUGAUGCAAGCCCUACGGAGAGCUAGGAUGCCACACGUUGAGCAACGAAAUAGGACCUUCCUUGACGACUUCAUGAUAUUACGUGUUUAUGCGGGUGAGGCCAAGGGCCACCCAUUAGUCCUCUUAGCCAUUAUCCAAGCCAUCUCUUCUCUGUAUUGCAUUGAGACAAUUUUGUGCGAAGAAUUCCUUGUUGUUCGCGAUGAACGCGUUCGCAGCGGAGAGACAUACGUCGCAAUCUCUCAGAUCGGAAAUCCCCGAAUAUUUACGCGAAAGAACUUGGUUGAUUCAAUGUGUCGGAUUUACCCCAGUCGACAGGCUGUCCUCACGACUGUUUUGCCUAGAAUGCUCCAGCCUGUUAGAGCAAAAGAUUUACUUUUUAAGCUUUUUGACGAGUGGUCGCCACAGUGCCGAAAAAGCUAUUGGGACGUUGUGCCAAAUAAAACCACAUCUGAAUUGCAGAACUUGAUGCCCCACAGCAAGACUCCGAUCCGGGUUGCCGCCUACGAAUAUUUUCAAAUUUAUUGGUGCCUCAAGUGUUCCAAAAGUAGAGUUACGUUCCGAGAUCUAGGUAACCAUCAUUUUCUCCGAUACGUGGAUUCGCAUUACCCCCAUGACAAACUUUUCCUGAACGACGAUUCGAGGAACAUGGAGUCCACUGCGGGCACAGAUUCGUCAAAACAAGCACGUAGCCCACUUUUGCCUUACAGUGCCUACACAACUUGCCAACAAAAUUCAACGGUCAUGGGAAAAUUGAUGAUCGACAACCAAAACGGAACUCUUUAUAUUGUUUUGUCAGAGAAAAGCACCGGGCAUGGGCCUGAAUACCUUAGUCUUUUAGACUUUCAGGGAGAUGUUCAUAUUCUUCUGCGGGAAGACGUCAGGCUAGCAGAUGAUUCCGAGCUCACUCCCUCCACUAUCAGUGGCCUACUGGAAUUGUUGUCAUUAUCAGACCUGGGGCUUUUUUUCACGCGAUUUGAUACUGAAUCCAAUGAGUUUAUCCCAUGCAAGAUGUACAUGUCUUUUUUAAGAGAGUUUGAAACCACGCUAGCCGAUACUAACUUGGACUAUGAGUGA